CCUGAAAUAUGUGCGAGACUACACAAGAUGUGAAAAUUUAAAUAUAGUCAUAAAUACGCCGCGUCAGACACUUUACCGCUGUCACAUCCGUUUGCCGUCUGCUCUGUUGUACGUGUGAGUACAUGAGCUGUAACGUUAUGCGAAAAAGAUGCAAGAAAUACAAGACCGAUCACAAUUCAGAAUGCAAAUAGAUGUGAGAAACAAAUCCAAUCGGAAUUUAUACUCCGUUUUCACAAAUUGUUGUUCGUUGUCGUAUUUUGAAUGGAUCAAGUGUAAUAAAUGUAAUGUGAGGUGAAUUUCAAACUGUAGUCUUAAAUGUCCAAAAAAAAAAAAAAAAGUAUAAUGUUUGCAGAAAAAUAAAAAAAGAUAGCCUAACACUGGAAUUGUCUACAAAAUUUGAAUAUACAGUUAGGUAAACCGCCGCACUUUCAUCGAAUAUAACUAUAUAGUAACUAUUUUCAAUUAAAGUUUCUCUGUGUAUCCGGUCCAGACGGCGUUAUUGUCACGUGGUACGUGUUACAUUUCUCUGCGUUUUUUUUUCUGCGGCUCUACUAAUCACUGUAGCCUGUUGUUAUAGUUUGUUUUUAGAGAUUGCUCGGACAAAUUUAUAUUUGUAUGUCACUCAGAUAAUCAUUGGAAAAUACAUAUUAAAAAGCUUAUACUUCCUAAAGCAUAAACGGCUAUAAUAAGACAAAAACUGAAUUCUGCUGUAUGGGGUGUUCAGCUUUCUGAGCCGCCGUGCGCCCCCUGGAGGAAGACCCAGUUUGAGUCGUUUGAGUCAUAGAAAAUACAGCAGACAGCCGCCCAAUGCUACUCACUCACACUCGCCUGACUCGACAACAACAUCGCCAUUUUCAGCGCUGGGAGGGAGGCGGGGACGCUGAAAUCUCCCGCGGUACAGAAGUAGGUCAACCAGCAAUAUAGCAGAGACAUACGCACUCAGACUCCCGAAAAAACGAGAUAUAACUAUAUAAAUCUGCGCUCAUUCGUUUCCAAUGCGUACGCUUUGCUUCACUCUGAUGCGUUCGGGUUCCUGUCCAGGUUGACAUUCAGACAAGUUAUCAGGAUUUUAUUUGUUUUUCACUGUUUGUGAGCGAGCUGAACGGAGAUAACAUGAGUCACACGCAAAACAGCUCUCUCAGGCCCCCAAGAAUGAAAAGGAGGUUGAGCAGAGAGCGAGAGGACAGCACCUCAUCCUGCGACGGGCCGACAGACUCUUGCAAGAGGGUCAAACAGCCCGACGAGGACUCUGGAGAUCAGAUGUCCAACUGGGCUCGACUACCCCAGGAGAUCCUGCUUCACAUCUUUCAGUACCUGCCGCUCCUCGAUCGUGCCUUCGCUUCACAGGUUUGCCGUGGCUGGAACCAGGCCUUCCAUAUGCCUGAGCUGUGGAGAUGCUUUGAGUUUGAGCUCAAUCAGCCUGCCAGCUCUUACCUGAAGGCCACACAUCCUGACCUAAUAAAGCAAAUUAUAAAGAGGCACUCCAAUCAUUUACAGUACGUCAGCUUCAAGGUGGACAGCAGUACAGAAUCAGCAGAGGCUGCGUGCGAUAUCCUGUCUCAGCUGGUCAACUGCUCUCUGAAGACUCUUGGGCUGAUCUCCACUGCACGACCAAGCUUCAUGGAGCUACCCAAGUCCCACUUCAUCUCUGCACUCACCGUGGUGUUUGUCAACUCCAAGUCUCUUUCGUCUCUGAAAAUUGAUGACACGCCAGUGGAUGAUCCUUCGCUUAAGGUCCUGGUGGCCAACAACAGUGACACACUUAAGCUGUUAAAGAUGAGCAGCUGCCCUCAUGUUUCUCCUGCAGGUAUUCUGUGUGUUGCUGAUCAGUGUCAUGGUCUGAGAGAACUGGCUCUGAACUAUCACUUACUGAGCGAUGAGCUCCUUCUGGCGCUUUCCUCCGAGAAACACGUGCACCUCGAGCAUCUUCGCAUAGACGUGGUAAGCGAGAACCCUGGUCAGCAGUUCCACACCAUCAAGAAGAGCAGCUGGGACGCCAUGGUGCGCCAUUCACCCAAGUUCAGCCUUGUCAUGUACUUCUUCCUGUACGAGGAUGAGUUCGGGCCCUUUUUCCGCGACGAGAUCCCGGUUACGCACCUCUACUUCGGCCGCUCGGUCAGCAAGGAGGUCCUCGGCCGUGUCGGCAUGAACUGUCCCCGCCUGGUGGAGCUGGUGGUGUGUGCCAACGGUCUGCGGCCGCUAGACGAAGAGCUGAUUCGUAUCGCCGAGCGCUGCCAGCACCUGUCGGCCAUCGGACUGGGCGAGUGCGAGGUCUCCUGUAGUGCUUUUGUGGAGUUCGUGAAGAUGUGUGGCCGCCGCCUUUCUCAGCUGUCUAUUAUGGAGGAGGUGCUCAUCCCAGACCACAAAUACAGCCUGGAUGAGAUCCACUGGGAAGUGUCCAAGCACCUGGGUCGUGUUUGGUUUCCAGAUAUGAUGCCCACCUGGUGAAAUGCACAACUGUUGCAUUCAAAAGACCAUAAGUACUCCUAAGCCUUUGGUAAUAUGGGCUUUUAAUGUGGUCUUCAGUUAAUUCACAAGGUUUGUACAUAGAUUUGAUUUGAGAUGUAAAUUCCAGUGUGGACUGUUGUAUUAAAAGGAUAGUUCACCCAAACAUUCUGUCAUCUUUUACUCACCCUCAAGUCAUUUCAAACCUGUGUGAUCUUGUUUUCAUUUGUGGGACAUAAAAGAAGAUAUUUUGAAAAAAGUUGGUAACCAACAUUCAGUUCUGGUGACCAUUGACUUCAAUAAUAAAAAAAAAAAAACCACUUAUAAUAUCUAUAUAAUAUGUCCCAUAGAAUACACAGAAGUCAUGCAGGUUUGGAAUGACGGUACGUAAAUGAUGACAAUUUUCAUUUUUGUGGGAAAUAUGCCUUUAAUGGCAUGUUGUGGCAAAUCUACAUUUAAAUGAAUCUUACAAAAGUUUAUUCAGGUCAUAUUUAACCCUAAAAUUAAAAGAAAAAAAAAAUUAUAUUUGAUUAUAUUUUGAAAAAAUGUAAUGGUUCUAAAGAAAAUUGAGCUUAUUUGUGAAAAAUAAUUUUGUAUUUCUUUCAUUUGGGGGUGUAACAUAACCUGGACAUUUUGUAACAUUUACUAAAAUAGAGGAUCGCUGUACACAUCAUACCAUGUAUAUAUGUUACAUUUUCAGAUUAUUUUGCAAAAUGUGUGUGGGGGGAAGCAGUUGUUUAUUUAGAAAGGAAACUGAAAGCUGUUUUAUCUAGAUCAGCUUAUCAUCAUAUGCAGAUUGUGUUUAUGAUAUAGACUCUCAGUGUUUGUUGAUGUUCUCAGCAGAUGCUCAUCUAUUUCUCCACUUCACUUCUGCAUAAUUCACUUUGUCCAGCUGUGUAUCUGUGCAGAUCGCUGUUUUCAGUGGCUCAACAUUGUGCUGUUUUUUCAAACUGUAAAGGUUGGAUCUCAUGUUAAAUCAUUCUUCCAUUAGAGCAGAGUUAUAAAUAGUUAUAAAUGUUUAAGCUAGAAAUUAAUUUAUCCACCCAUCCAUUUCCCAAACUGCUUGUCCAUUGUAGGGUGACAGGAAUGUUGGAGCCUAUCCCAGCAGCUCUGGCCAUAAUCACAUUUUGAUUAUAUUGGCCUAAUGGUUUGUGUAGUUAUUUGAAUUAGUUUAGGAGCAGCACCUCCUAGUGGCAUUAAAAGCCAUAACACUUUAGUGAGAGCGGUUUCUUUCACCAACUAGUGGCCUCUCACUAACCAGUUCACCAACACAAGUUCAAGGUUAAAAAGAAGUGCACAGCCAUCUGGGUUGUAAACAAUAAGUGCUCACUUGAAUGUGUGCUGAUUUGGUUUAUGUAGAUAAAGAAUUGUAUUUUGUGUGAUUAAAACAUUUUGUAUACAAUUGGUAAUUACAGUGCUUUUGUACAAAAAUAUAUAGUGAAUAAUAUGCACCUUAUACAUACCAAAUGGAAAUCUUUCUGAUGGUUUAGGCAAGUAGAAAAGUAACAGUUGUUCAUAUUUUGGUGUAGCAGGGAAGAGGGUGCAGAACAAUAUAACAGCAUAUUUUCAAGGUCUUAGGUAUGUUGGAGUUGGUCAGGGAGGAUGGAAAUGAAAGGAUCAGUGUUAGGCUAGACAGCACACUUGUGUCCUCAGAUUUGGAAAGAGAUUGUAAAAGAAUUUUAGGGAUACAAUGAACCGUUGAUUGGUUUCUAUUGGAUUGCGUGAGAAUGUUGUGCAAUGACAAACUGAAUGGGAUACAACCAGAUAAUAAUUGAUUUUUUUUUUUUUUUUUUUUUUUUCUGGAUACGCUUCAGACAUGGCUGCAUUAACAUGCACCCCUUCGAUUCAGUAUUGGAGUGAAGCAGUGAAAACAUUUUCCUUUAAGAAGGAAGUCCCAUGUGUCUGUAUAUAAAAUGCUGUGUGUUUGAUAUAAAUAGAAAUACUUAUAUAUACUUCUGUGGAGGUUCGAAGUGUUUCUGUGCUGAUCUCUUUCAGAUGAGUGGGAAUUAUUCCUUGAUGGAUCUUUGUACCCUUGUGAUUAGAUGAUCAUCAGUGUAAUUUAUUGAUAUGCUUUUUUUUUUUUUUUUUUGCAUUAAUCUGUUUAUACUAAUAGUUUAACAUUGAGUGAGAUGCUCCAUGUUGAUUUAUAUGCAUAUUAUAUAAUUUAUAAAAAGUCAAUAGCAUGUAAGUUUUCUUUUACCAGUUAUCCAGAAUUAAAGCUGUAUUAGCUGUAAAUUGUAGCAUCUAAAUUAAGAAAACUAAGAUUCCUGUCAUCAUUUGAAAGCAAAACAUUAUUGGAAAUGAACAGAAAAAGGAAGCUACAGCCUGGUAGUUCACAUACAAUUUAGUUAUUUCAUUAAAAUAACCGAGCUUUUUGCUAGACAUGACUUUUUGAAAGUGCAUGCUGAAGAGCAUUACAUAAACCCAACGCCAUUGAUACAUGUACAAAUAGCAUCAAACCAAGUGCUCAUGUAUUUGAUUUUUCAGAAGCAAGUGAGCAUAUUGCUUGUAUUGCUAAUAUGAAAGCAUCACAUUUCUUUUGUGUUGUAAAAAUGUGAUUAUAACUGUCUUUUGUUGAAAUAAAUAUGGGCAAAUAAACAUU